AUGGGGGCGGCGGCGGCGGCGGCAGCUGCUGCGGUCGGGGGUCGAUGCCGGUGUUGCGGGAGGGAGCGGUGCCAGGCGGACCCGUGCGGGGUCCUGUGCCUCCUGCUCACCUACCUCAGCGUGGGCUACGCCGACUACGUCGUCCUGGAGCACGUCCUGCUGCAGCCGGGUUUCCGGGCUAGCCUUUGGUGUCCGUUCCACGCCGUGGCGUUCAACUUCAUUGUUGUCAUGCUGCUUGCCAGUCACACGCGGGCUGUCUUUGCAGACCCAGGCAUUGUCCCGCUCCCGGACACCGCCAUUGACUUCUCUGACCUCCGGAGCAGCAGCGGUUCAUCCCACAAGAGCAGCCGGAAUAACGAGGACUGGACAGUGUGCAACCGCUGCGAGACGUACCGCCCCCCCAGGGCUCACCACUGCCGUGUAUGCCACCGCUGCGUGCGUCGCAUGGAUCAUCACUGCCCAUGGAUAAACAACUGCGUUGGGGAGCUGAACCAGAAAUACUUCAUCCAGUUUCUCUUCUAUACAGGCUUGGCUAGCCUUUACGCCAUGGGGCUGGUCCUGACCACGUGGCUCUGGCCUCUGGACACCGUGGGAGCCGAGGGAAGCGCUCCAGGCCACCCCCUCCAAACCGCCCACCGCAUCAUUUUGUUGGUGGAAUCUGUCCUCUUUGGCCUCUUCGUCACAGUCAUAUUCUACGACCAGGUGGUUUCCAUCAUCACAGACGAGACCCCGAUCGAGCAGCUCCGCAACCGACUCCGGAAGGAGCCGCACCGGGAGGUGGCGCACACACGGAAGCCCAAGAUUGCCCUUCUGCGAGAGGUGUUCGGCCGCGGCUUCAUGAUCUGCUGGUUCUUCCCAUGCAACUGCAGCUCCCCGUCAGCCGGCGGGCCCUCCUACAGCUACCUGCCCAACUACGACGUGUGACCCCCCCCCCCCGUUGCGUUGCUUCAGGGGAGCGUCGCCCUCAUCAUUCUGCUGUCUUUCUCUUCUGCAAAGAGCAAAGGCCGUGGUUGCAUUCAGUUCCUUGCUACAGCCUGUGGAGGAGGAGGAGGAGCCGGCAGCGACUGUGGCUAGAAGCCUUGAAUCCUAGAAUGGGCCCAGUAUCCCAGGUGUGUCCAGAGUGCCAUUCGCUAUUGGGAAUAAGCAUGCACAUCUCCUUCCCCCUCCAUAAGGCAGAAGAGCCCCCUGUGUUUGGACUCGUGGGUUGCCCGCGGAGCUCUUAGAACUGGGGCCUUCCUCCCAGGAAAGCCACACAUGGGGAUCAGCCUCAUAAUCCUCUCAAACAACUACCGGGCCUGCGGUGCGGAGCUGGGAACGCCGCCCCUCCCUGAGCCCUGCCUUUCCUGCACCUGGCUGCUCUCGCUUCUCGAGAGCCUGUCCUCUGCAUCUCAACUGAAUCAAAACAUCACCCGGCUCUCAAGACAAAGACAAGAAGCUGUAGGAUGUUCGUCCUCUCACUGACUCUUUGGGUCAUGCGCGGGUCACCAAGUAUCUCUGGGGGACCGUGGCCACCGCUGUUGACCACAGCCCUGCUCGUGGUUGUUCGGGUGAAGCAAGAGCUCCGAAUCUCGCCCCGAGGGACUGUUGACCCUCUCACCUCGCUUCAGCCUCUGAUUUGCCACGUCUCCAUGUAAGCAAAUCAGAAGGUGAUGGUUAGAGGGAGCGUCAGUUUAAUCGGUGGUAUAUGCACGCCCUCAGACUCCUCUUGGGUUUUGGUUGGCGGUCUCUGUGGGAUGUGAAGGCAGCUGUAGUCCUCUUCUCCCUUGACUGACUUCGGGCCAGUGUGUCUAUCAGGGAACGUACCCUUCUGUGUCUGCCCCUCAUCCCGGUAUCCCCGCGUCCAUUUUGCUGUGAGCCUCCCAGUGUGUUCUCUCGUUCUCAGUCUUAAGGUGGGUUCUUCUUGAGAGCCGCCUCAGAACCCGUCUGUGCUGCUGGGAGGGAAAUAGUUGGACCCCGUCAGCGUUAUUCGUCAGCUGGGUGGGGCUUCUGCUGCAAUUUGGCCCAGCAGAAAAGAUGACUCCAUGUCCUUUGGAUAGGAUCCCCCUAGGGGGAUCGACCCCUGGCCACCUUCUCGCUCCUAGAAUGAACCCCUCAAGGUCAUCUGGCGUGUCGCGCGUCGUCCUCAAAAAAGGCUCCGGUCUAGGUUGGGGGACCCGAACCUUCGGUAGUUGAAAAAGAAGAAGACGAAUUUUCGGUAGGCUCCGUUUCUCCUGUCCUCGUGCUUUGGGUGAGAAAGAAGGCGCGCGCUCUGAAAUUCUUUUGUGAGAGCUUUUCUCUCCUUGCAGUCUACUUUCUUUAGCAAGGCUAGAUUCGAGUCGAGUAGCACCUUAGAGA